AUGAUCAUCAUGUUUAUCUCAUUAAGCGUGCUUGAUCUGGUGCUUAAGAAGGGGAGAGUUGAUAAGGUGCUUGAUAUCAUGAAUCCAGGCAUCGCAUUCCUACAGCGGUACAUGCCUCUCAUGUUUUGCCCUGCUCUUGUCCUCCUACCAGCAAAACAACUGCUUCCAUUAGCAGAGAUUGGACGGAUCGCUCUCCUGUUUGUAAUCGGAUACGCUUUCUGGCUCCCCAUAAUAGCAUGGAUGGCCAGAAUGUUUAGCUUACUGCUAUCGUCAUUCUCUGCACGGAAACGGAAACGCCAAGCACUAGCUCCAACGCAUUCAGAUCCAAGUGCGUCGUUUCAGACACGGAGGCCCUCGGCUACUAGUACCCGUGAACGAGCAUCGAAACUUGCUUCAGCUUCAGAGCCUGCAAUAGAACAAGACGAGGAAGUAGAGCUCUGGACAUUAAGUAGCCAUGUCACCGAGGAGGAUGAAGAAGAUACCAAGACUAUAGAUGUGAGAUUGUUGCCUCCAUGGAGAGAACGCCCGUGCUUACCACAUCCUUUUAUGGUGUUGGGGUACUCGAUAUUGUUUGUGCCUGCUGUCUUCUUGUCUGCUUUUACCAGUGUUAGGCAGCCGGCCGAGUGUAUACUGACUGUAUUGGGGUACUUCUUUGGUAUCUGGGUGCCACCUAAGAUGAAGGUCGUCAUUCACCCUAUUAUCACAUGCUCUGCUGUUACGAUUCUUGGAUUAUAUGCAAUGGCUACAUAUCGAGGACAGUCUCUAACUGAUGAACUCGCAAUGUAUUCUACCGGCCUGAAUUCACAAGCUCUCUUAACCGACGUGUCAAAGCAUAUAAAUCCAACGACACCAGGAGGUGGUGAUUUACUGUUUAGUCUUGUUGACGCUGCUGUUGUAGCACUUGCUUUCCGUAUGUUUCAGUAUCGGGAGCUGGUGUUGAAACAUGGACUGGUAGUAGUAUUAACAUCUUCAGUCGCAAUCAUAUGUGUCAUGUUUUUCCACACAUUUCUCGGCCACCUCCUCGGCAUGAUGCCUGAAAACGCACUGGCGAUAUCUGCUAGAUGGGUUACAACGCCAUUAGCAAUCCAAUGCUUUAAUAUCUUGGGAGCUGAUGUGUCGUUGGGGGUUACUCUUGUAUUGGCUAGUGGGAUUGUAGGAGACAUUAUUGGAAUGCAUUUGCUGAGGCUUGUGCGGAUACCGAAAGACGAUAUAAUUAGUAUUGGGUGUGCGGUGGGGUGUACUUCUCAUGCUAUCGGAACGGCUGGUUUGUUAUCGACGAAUCCGCCAGCGGCUGCUAUAUCGUCAUUGUCAUUUGUAAUGCUUUCAACAAUGGCGGUCAUCGCGGUUUCUAUACCACCGAUAGCCAACGCUAUGAAAGUCGUAGCCGGUCAAUGA